AUGCAGACCUUCCAAGCCGGCAACGGCCCUUUGGAGGACCACAUGCGCAAUAUCAUCCUCACCAACGGCCAUCCAGGAGCUGCCCCAGACGCCACCACCCCUGAUAUGUCUACAUCGACUGGGGGCUUGUCUUCAGCAAAUACCCUCCCCGCCCAACCUGACCUCGCAGGCCAUCAUACAUCGCCGGCGCAGUCGCACGCUCCUCAUAAGGUUGCUGCUAAGAAGCGCCCAAAUCAAGCUCAACGGCGGCAGAUGAAUGCGCAGCUAUCGAUACCUAUUGCCACGAGAGUGCCGGCGCCUAGCCAUGCGCGGACAUACAUGAAUCCCCAGCAGUUCACCAAUCCCCAACCUCGACAGGGCAACCCACCACAGAAUGCUUUUCACUCGCAAUCAGUAGGACACCGAGGCGGAUUCCAAGAUCGCGCUCAGACGAUGAAUGCUCCUCCCUUCCCGACUCAGCGGCACCAUCAGGGAGGAGGCUUUCAAGGGCUUGUACCCUCCCAUACGGAGCAAGGUAAAGACUGGAGACGUCAGCAACCCACUAAUUCCGAUAAAUUCUCGAGAGGUGUCAACGUUGUCUCGGCAGAUGCCUUUCCCUCCCGCGGGCGCAAUACUCGACCUAAUCUUUACCAACCCGGUGGUCACCGUCAAUUCACCUUCAGCGCCGAGCAGCUCGGGAGCCAAUCUGGGCUGCUUGAGAGGCUUUGUCACGUGGUGAUCGCAGGAGCCGAGAUCGCACCCAGCGAGAUCGCCGAAAAAGAAAACUUUCGUGGUUAUGUCGAGGCCAUCUGCCAAGAUGUCAUAACUCGCUACGAGUUCGAGACGAACGGUGCACACGACUUUCAACCUCAUACCGUACAGCUGAAGUGCUUUGGGAGCCUCGCGUCUGGUUUCGCCACCAAGGCAGCUGAUAUGGACCUCGGCCUCCUAACACCCAUGUCUCGACUGCAGCCCGACUCUUCGGAAUCUCCAAUUCCUCGCCUCAUCGAGGGCGCUCUGCUCCGGGCUGGAUUUGGAGCUCGUCUUCUUACCAAAACUCGCGUGCCCAUUAUCAAACUCUGCGAGAAGCCCAGCCCCAAGUUGCAACAAGACCUCCUAGAGGAGCGUGUUAAAUGGGAAAGGGGGUUGCAAGACGAUGACAAGGAUGUAGAGGAGGACGAUCCAGAGGAUCAAGAUGCCUCCAGAGAUACACCAUCCACUCUUCCUGGUACUGUUGAUACAGCGCAACCUACAUUGGGAGAUCAGCUAUCAAGCUCUCAACCUCUUUCCGGUAGUGGGUUGGAGCCCACGCAUCCUCAGAGCCUAAAUUCGCUGAGACAAUCUGAAAAUCAGUCUUUGGGUAGUUACUACGGCAGUGCGAAGAAACUCCUCCGUCGCUUGGGUGGCCGCGAUAUCACGCAGUCCAACUCGCGUGGCUUCACAGAGGCAGACUUCAAGCUACUCGACGACGUUGCCGCGGCAUUCAUCCGUGGACUCCGUGACGAGCGUAUGAGAAAUCGGAUAUCAGCUUAUCCGUCCUUUCUCCCCAGCGACGUUUUGCAGCUUCCAAACUAUCGGACACUCUUCGGCGCCUACACCUUGAUAGAGGGCGAGGAACUUGUGCACUUAUGGCAAACGAAAACGCUAGGCGAAACAACUCCAAAGUCUGGGCAAGGUAUGUUGUCUGAGAGGGCAGUCCAAUGGUGGAACGAUCUGCAAUACAAGAAACGAUUCGGCGCUGCCCCUUUGGUAUUCAACAGAGAUCUCCAACUCGCAGUCGAAAGUCUUCGCCAGAUCCCGUCCGUUCAACUCGUGCGUCUCCGACAAGAUCCCUAUGAGUCAGCAGCACAGUAUCACGCACGAGUAGUCAGGAUCGCGGCUGAUCUGCGCGGCAAUGACCCCUCAUCGGCUGAAACCGAUAUCAGCCCUCAAAUCAUCGAAUCCUAUAUAUCGGGUAUCCGAGAUGAUCAAGUGCGAGAAGACGUGCGCAAUUUCACGAUUUCUGCGAAUGCUCGGCGCCUGAGAACAGUAGCCAGAAAACACAAGAGUGCUCAUCUCGCUGCCGACUACGAGAGAGCCAUUGACAGCUCACUGUACCGUGAAGAGAACAUCCCGGCCAUACGAGAGUAUAUAACCGUUCUGCGACGUGACCUUGUGAUGCCAUCGCGGUCCGACAUUACGCCCCUCGAUUUGGUCGUCCCGGUCACGCAUAGUGCGUCUGCUACGGUUGCGCAAGUCCAAAACUUGCCUGACCCGUCGAGACUCGGACCCAACCAGCCGAAAGACCGUUACCACGAUAGCCUAGAAUUCCCCAAGAACGGUAUCGGGGUGCAGUGUGAUAUCAACUUCUCGGCUCAUCUCGCUCUUCAGAAUACCAUGCUUCUACGGUGCUAUUCUUACACUGACCCGCGAGUCAGACCGUUGGUACUUUUUGUCAAGCAUUGGGCGAAAGCAAGAGGCAUCAAUACACCAUAUCGCGGCACGCUGAGUAGCUACGGAUAUGUAUUGAUGGUACUGCAUUACCUUGUGAACAUUACGGAGCCGUUCGUCUGUCCUAAUCUGCAACAACUCGCACCACCUGAUCCGGCCCUCCCAUCUAAGGAUCUUGAGGGCAUCACGACAUGUAAUGGACGCAAUGUUCGCUUUUGGAGAGACGAGCAAGCGAUCAAAAACCUCGCCCAGGGCAACCAGCUGAAUCAAAAUAGAGAAUCUAUGGGCACACUGCUGCGAGGUUUCUUCGAAUACUAUGCUCAGAACAACAUGAUGAGCACGAUCCAGAAGCGUGGCUUUGACUGGGGCAGAGAUGUACUGAGUCUUAGGACUUAUGGGGGGCUGCUUUCCAAGUCCGAAAAGGGCUGGACGGGCGCGAAGACCGUCAUGCAGUUGCAGACAGGACCACCGCCGAAUCCAGCUGAACUUCAAGCUGCCGCCGUGCCGCAAGCCUCACCAGCAGACGGCAUAGCUUCCCAGCAGGCGACGACCCCUUUACACCCUGACCAACCAUUGUCUCCGCCAGGGCAAGUCCCGACACCCACCGAACAACCGGCGAAGCCCCUAGAGUUCAAAGAAGUCCGACAUCGAUACCUCUUUGCUAUUGAGGAUCCGUUCGAGCUUGAACAUAAUGUUGCCCGAACUGUCACCCACAAUGGCAUCGUAUCGAUCCGCGAUGAAUUUCGCCGCGCCUGGAGGACCAUCCGAGCUGCCGGCCAGACAGGCCAGACAGGCCAGGAGGACCUGCUGGAGGACAUGAAGAUCCACAACGAGCAGAUUGAGAAGAAGCAAUUUGCCGACCUGCUACUGGAGAUUCAUGGAACUCACCUGUUUUCCGAUGAUGAUGUCGACAACGAGCUGGCCGUGCGUGCUGCGCGUUUGGGUUUGGACGAUCAACGCGAGACAAAGACUACGUGA